CCAAUUUGGGUUGGUGUCUGUUGAAUGGCUGUUGAAAGUCGUGCUUCCGUGGAUAGGGGCUUAAAAUCGUUCUCGAGACGAACGUCUCUGUCCGAAGAGAAAAUGAGUUUAGCUCUGAGAAAUGAGCUUGUAGUAGACAAAACAAAGAGGAAAAAAAGAAGAGAACUCUCUGAAGAACAGAAACAAGAAAUUAAAGAUGCUUUUGAACUAUUUGACACAGACAAAGAUGAAGCAAUAGAUUAUCAUGAAUUAAAGGUGGCAAUGAGAGCCUUGGGAUUUGAUGUAAAAAAAGCUGACGUACUGAAGAUUCUUAAAGAUUAUGACAGAGAAGCCACAGGGAAAAUCACCUUUGAAGAUUUUAAUGAAGUUGUGACAGACUGGAUAUUGGAAAGAGAUCCACAUGAAGAAAUAUUGAAGGCAUUUAAACUAUUUGAUGAUGAUGAUUCAGGUAAAAUAAGCUUGAGGAAUUUGCGACGUGUUGCCAGAGAAUUGGGUGAAAAUAUGAGUGAUGAAGAACUUCGGGCUAUGAUAGAAGAAUUUGAUAAAGAUGGUGAUGGAGAAAUAAAUCAAGAGGAAUUCAUUGCUAUUAUGACUGGUGACAUUUAAAGAAUUACAAGGAUAAACACUAAGAAUGUUGCAGUUAUCAUCUUAUAUUCUAUUUUUGUGCCUGGAGCCGUGUUAAAAAAAAAAACAAAAACAACAAAAAACAACUUAGUUCUUUUUUCCAAAAGGACCAAAAAUAAGCAUCUUAUGUAUUCAUAUUUUACUACUGUUAAGUUUCUUUAUAUGAACAGUAUUGUUAGUACUCUAAUAGGAGCUUUGUAUUUAUAAUAUAGCUUUUGUAAGGUUUAAAAAAUUGAAUCAUGUGGUACACAUUUUUUGAAGGUUUUUUAUUUAGCAUUAGUAGUCACUUUUGUUUUGGUGCAUAUGUUUUUCAGACCUUCAUUAAUAAAAUGUUUAUUUUUUAGU